AUGGGUGGCCAAAUCUCCAAGGUUAUGGGCAAGAUCUUCGGAUCCAAAGAAAUGCGCCUGCUCAUGCUCGGCCUCGAUGCCGCUGGCAAGACCACCAUUCUCUACAAGCUCAAACUCGGCCAGGAUGUCACUACCAUUCCCACAGUGGGUUUCAACGUUGAGACUGUCACCUACAAAAAUGUCAAGUUCAACGUUUGGGACGUCGGUGGCCAGGACAAGAUUCGUCCUCUCUGGCGGCACUACUUCAGUGGUACUCAAGGUCUCAUCUUCGUCAUUGACUCGUCCGACCGCGCCCGCAUAGACGAGGCUCGCCAGGAGCUUCACCGCAUUAUCAACGAUCGGGAGAUGAAGGACAGUUUGCUCCUCGUCUUUGCCAACAAGCAGGAUCUGAAAGAAGCCAUGAAGCCUCAGGAGGUCACCGAAGCUCUCCAGCUUUCUAAGCUCAAGGACAAAGUCUGGUACGUCGUCCCGAGCUGUGCCACCACUGGCGAGGGGCUGCUCGAGGGCCUCGCUUGGCUCUCCAACAAUGUCAAGGCUCCUCCCGCCCCUGUCAAGAAGUAA